CUUUUUAUAGUCGGCCUCGGAGAGGCUUCAGCAGCUGCUGUCUGUCCUGUGUGGCCCUUCUGUCUCAUCCCCUUCUGACUGCUACAGCUGGGAGUUCUCUCUUAGAGCCAGAGCCUCGCACGCACGCACGCACACACACACACACGCAGACACACACACACACGCGCACGCUCAGAAGCACACACAGUCACACGGGCGUGCAUACAUUUGCUGCACCAGACUAGCUGCAUUUGCUGCUAUGGCCGAUAAAGCUGAAGUGAAGACUGCUGGACAAGUCCCGGUGAAAAAGAAGGAGAAGAAGGCGGAGAAGAAGACAGACAAGCCCACGGAGAAAGACAUGGAAAAGGACGGAAAGCCAGAGCAGCCAGGAGCAGCCGCAGGAGCAGCGGAGCAGAAUGGCAACGCGGAGAAGCCAGGGGGAGCGGAAGCUGAGAACGGGGAGUUUCAGCUGGAGCCCUUAGACCUGCCUCCCCUGGAGGUCAUCGUUGGGGAGAGGAUCGACCCUUUCUCCUUCAAGUUCCAGUUCAGGAACGUGGAAUACUCCUCGGGCAGAAGCAAGAACUUCCUCUGCUUCAUGGUGGACUUCCAGGACACUCGAGGCAUGCGGGGGUGCCUGGAGGCCGAGAACAUGGGCCCGCACGCCGAGGAGGCCUUCUUCCAGAAGGUUCUGCCCGAGUGCGACCCCAAAGUGCAGUACCUGGUCACGUGGUACGUGUGCUCCAGCCCCUGCACGGCCUGCGCGGCCAAGCUGAUCGAGGUCCUGCAGGCCCGCAAGAACAUGCGUCUGGUCAUCUACUGCUCCCGCAUCUACAUGUUUGAGGAACCGGAGAUCCAGGAGAGCAUGAAGGCCCUGGCCGCGGCCGGCUGCAAACUGCGCAUGAUGAAGCCCGCCGACUUUGAGUACCUCUGGGACGCCUACGUGGUGAACGAGGGGGAGACCCUCGCUCUCUGGGAGGACUGCCAAGAUAACUACGAGUACUACGAGACGAGGCUGGCUGAAAUUCUGCCAUGAGGGGCCUGGGAGUCCCAGCCAGAAAAUCUCCACGGUGCCACAUUUCCUCUCCUUUUAAUGGGCCAAAACACUCCUCCUAAAUUUGUUCCCCGUGACGGUGUCCUGGCAGCCCAGCUUGCAUCCCGGGAUUUUCCGAGCUCAGCAGCGGAAUCUCCCUUUGUGACGGGAGCCGUCACUCAACAACCGUGUCAACAGUCCCAUCGGCAAUAAUUCUGCCUUUGGAAUCCUGGCUUCUCCAGUGGCGGAAAAUAGAAUGUGAUACUGAUCACAAAAAAAAACUUUCAAGAAAAAAAAAGUGCGUCAGAAAUUCCCUUGCUUUCAUUAAUCUUGGCUGUGCUUUUAAAGCACAUCACUUUAUAUGUUAAGUUUUGUGAUAUUUUUCAAAUUGUAAUCUCAGAAUUGAAUAGUAGCAUAUCUGACUACAUUGUGUACAAGUUAUUUUUAUUCUUACUAGCAAGAUUAUAUUAUUUUGUCUCAGCAGAGAAUAUACUUUUAAAUCGGCAGAUCAAAAGUAACGGGUGACAAUUUGUGUUAUGAAGCAUACUCAUGAGAUUAAAUAAAGCAGAUAUUGUA